UAUCGAUUGCAAUGGCCGCUACUAGAAUCCUACAAAAUCUAGAUCUAUGCUUGAGCGAAAUAUUAUUUCCAAUGCUUUAGAAUUGACUGUCUGGAUCUGUAAUUACUGCUUGUUUGUGGAUUUAUUAUAAUAUCAACAUAUAUACUCAGACACAAUAAAGUAUGAGCUAAAAAAUAGACCUAGCUAGAUCUAAAUCUAGACACAUUUAGAUCUAAUUUUAGUUUUAGUUUUGUUAAAUUUAAAUCAUGAUCUAGACUUGCAUUAAUUUAAAAUAAAAUAAAAAUUGUUCCUUUGUGUUGCCUUGUAAAAUAAUUGUUUUGUUCGUUGCCUAACACAAACGUUACAAUAUCAAGAGUACCCAGUGGCAAUAAUUAUGUCGAAAGGGGGGAGAGGAAGUAGUAAAUAUGGACAUGGGUCAGAUGAUGUGUACAAACCAAGUGGAUAUCGAUAUCUUAACGAAAGAGGGAACUUCGAUCGAGAUACAGAUUCAAGGAGCUUUUCAUCAUCUUCAUUACCAACUUUUGCCCCAUAUAGUUCCAGUAUUCCACAUAAUCAAAUUAAUCUCAAUCUUAGUCGUCAUGGUCACAGAUAUGAUCUUCCAGCGACAGACACCAAUUUUACUGGGCAGCAAAUAAGUGGUCAGUUUAAUGGCCCUAAUAAUUUUUCUUCAAGAUCAACUCCACAAAUUUUUGAUUAUGAUUCUGGUUAUGGAGGUGGACCAUCUGCAGCUCAUAGGCUUGGCCCUCCUGUCGACUAUGGAGAGAGAAGACAGCAAGCAUAUCUUGAAAGCUCAGAUGCAGCUGCUGCACAUCCUGAUGCCAGUCUGGAAGAUACCAGAGCAACAAACUAUGGCAGUGUUGACAGAAGGAAUGACAGGACCAAAGAGGGCUCAGCAAGACACAAGUAUGAUGCUAUUGAUAUUGAUGAUCUGCUGCAGGAUGAAAGACUUAAAAAUGUUUUGUUUGCUGGAAUUUCUAAAGCUACAGCUAAGCUAGAGCAGUCACUUAAAACUGGCAACUCAGAAGCUGUAGCGUUUCUUGACAAUUCAGCCAAAACAUCAGGCCAGCUUUUCCCAGCAGCAUUUGGUGACCAGAAACCCAAGUCCAUUUUGAAACGCAAAAAUGUUUCAGUGGAAGAAGAUGACAGCAGCAAUGAAAGCAAGUUAAGUGUUCUUGAGAAAACCCUGCAUAUGCUCCGUGGCAAAACUAAUGACAGCAGCAAAAGUCAGGAGAGCGCUCAACUAAAGGACUUUUCUAAAGGUGCAUUGAGCCGCUUGGCUUCAUAUGCUGAUGCAGUUGAUGAAGAAGAAAACUACCUGUAUGGUACAAAAAGUAGUGAGCAACCCACUGGAGAAUAUACCCAACAGCAGCCAUUCUGGUCCGUUGGUGCCAUGCCUGGUGGGGAGGCAGUUAAAGAGGAUGUCGAUUCUUUUCACCUGAAGGAAAAGCUUUACGAGCAGUGGAGGCAGUCAAUCAACAAAACAAGUGGACCCAAAAAAGAGCAGCUAUCUCCAGCUGUGGAUCCCUUCUUUCAAAAGAAAAUUCCCAAAGUGGAGCCAGCAAGUCAACAAAGCUCUGACAAGGACAAUGAAGAACUGGACACAACAGUCCAAAAUAUUUUACAGUCCAUUGGCUUUAAUUUUGAUUUGUCUAAGAGAAUGCAAGAACUUGCUCGGAAAAAAAAACAGCAAGAAGAUGAUUUUCAGCAUGUAAUUGUCGACCAGUCUGCCUCUUUUUUAUCCCAAGCUGAGAGCAUGAAGGAGACCCUUUUAAAAAGUAUGAAGAAGGAGGCGAGCAUUGAGAAUCUGCUUAAAGAAGCACGAGCUACCAGCAGGAAACAUAGCUCUGAUAGGUCGGUGAGCAGAGAGAGGAAACUCAGUCCUGAGAGGUACAGUCCACACAGCACAACCAGGACUAAAGAAUGGGAGAAAAUGAGCCCAGAAAAGAAGAAUGACUGGGUCCCUUGCAGCCAAAGAAGAGAGGUUUCUGGUGAGCGUAUUGAGUACACCAGUAAACCAUCUGGAAUCAGAGAAUCACCCCCAAGAACUAAGUAUUCAGAUAAGGCUGUGUAUAAAGCAGAAACUGAACAGUACCCUCAGUCUGCUCGCUAUUCUGAGAGAUUUCAGAAUGAGGCUAAAGAGGAAUACUUUUACCCUGAUGAGUAUCCUGGGACUCUUCCACUUUUGUCCUCAUUACAUAGUCAAAAAAAAGAUGAAGAGUUAAGCAGUGGGCUUUUCCCUUCAUCCAAAUUUUCAUCCCGAGUUGAAAAUUUGCGAGUCAUGUCAAAAACUGGGGGUGAUGAUGAUGAACCAUUCACUGAAACCAGGAGAAUUAUUCUUUCUUCAAGGUCACAGAGACAUUCACCUGAUGGCAAGAGGCAGAGGUCUCCACAGAGAAGUGAGCAGAGGUCUGUGUCUCCACAGAGAAGUGAGCACAGGUCUGUGUCUCCACAAACACCACCUGUGUCAAAGGAAAGAAGAGUUUUUGGGCUGAGAGAUGAUAGAAGAGCUGGCGAUGAUGGCAGUCCCAAGUACCAGAUGAGGAUGAAUACUUUACGAGGGAAGUUUCCAGACUACGACCAGGAUGAAAGAACACAUGCCAGAGCAGCUAGUUUUGAUAAACAUUGCUACAGCAAAGCUGAGAGAAUCUCACUCUCUGAUCAUCAAUUUAGGAAGGAAGAGAAGUUCAGAUUUGAGAGACCUGAUUCUCCACCUCCAUUUGGUCGCAGAUCACCUCCAAGGCAAAGGUCAAGGUCCCCCAACCAGAGAUGGUCUCCGGUUCGUCGCAAAUCUAGAUCACCUGUCAAACGUCGGUACUCUCCUGAUAGGCGCAGAUACACACCACCUGACAGGCGCAGAUCCCCAGGUAGAGAGAGGCGCAGAUCACCUGAUAGGUGGAGGUCUCCUAACAGAAAGAGGCAGUAUGGAAAAGUAGAGAGUGGCAAAAAGGAUGAUAGAGUUGGAAAAGUUGAGAGUGGCAAAAAAGAUGAUAGAACUGGAAAAGUAGAGAGUGUCAAAGUUGAGGAUAAAGAAAGGCAAGAGAUUCAAAAGGUAGAUGUGUCUAAGCUGGCACCAGAAGAAAGAAAAGCUUACCUCCAGAAAAUGUUACAAGAGAAAGCCCAAGAAGCUGAAACCAAAGAUGCGCUAGAAACUGCUUUAGAAAAGUUUUAUUUUAUUCCUGCUGAGGAGAGAAAAAAGUUGGUCUUAAAGAUGUCUGAUGUUAGCCAAGUAGAAAGACAAAAAAUGUUGAAUGACUUAUCCUUGAGAAGCAUUCAAAUCAGCACUCUGCAAACCCAGCUGGAUAUGCUAAAACGUGAGCAAAACGCUCUGAUGCGCAAAAGCUGGAGAAGUGGUCUAGGUACUAAAGAACCCCAGCUGAUCAAAAAUGAGGAGGAGCAAACCGUGCUUGAAAAAGAAAUCAAACGACUGAGUGUUCCAGAGUUGGAUGUGAGCCUCAAGUUGUCCCCCCUGCCAUCCUCCCCUCCACCAUCCCACUCAAGAAAAGAAGCAGUGAAAAAGGGAGCUGUAAAAAGUAAGGCUCCAGCAGCAAGCAGCAGUGUCCCCAAUGAGCAGGCUCACAACCCAGUCAAGGACACCUGGAAGUCUGUUCAACUGACAGAGGACAGCAAGCUGCCUGAAGUGGGGGACAAGAAACAAGGGGACAGGAAAUCAGAGGGGGCCCAAAAGUCUGACGGGGCCCAAAAGUCUGACGGAGCCCAAAAGUCUGACGGAGCCCAAAAGUCUGACGGAGCCCAAAAGUCUGACGGAGCCCAAAAGUCUGAUAAGAAAGAGAAAGUAUAUUAUGAAUAUUAUGACAGUGGCAACCACUGGUGCAGACACUGCUGUUCAUCAUGCAAUAGCCUGGAUCAACUUUUCCAGCACUGUCAUGGCAAGAAGCAUCUCCUAACUAUAGCACAUGAGAAAAGACCCUGGGACAAAUCAGAGGCAAACACAGCUCGCAGGGUGGGGGUUGCCCAGAGCAGGAGAAUCAAAGGCUCUGAAUUACUGUUUCCUGUGGUGGGAUUUUUCUGCACCCUCUGUCAUGUAUAUUGUGGAGAUUUUACUGAAGCUACUCUUCAUCUUAAAACAGAUGAUCAUUAUAACAAAUACAUGGACUAUAUUAAAGAGAACCCAAUGUAUGAAAAGAAAUUACUCCUGGAAAAAAGCACAGCCUUGUCUGUCAAAAAGUUGUCAGAGAAGAAAAAAACGCCACCACUGCCUGCUCCACCACCGCCUCCACCCCCAGAACCUGAUGUUAGACGAGCCAGUAGCCCAGUGCCCCCUCCACCCCCUGAUGUGAAAUGUGCCAACAUUGCUGACCCUGCACUGAGGAUUAAGCCUGGGAAAAAACAACUUAGAAAAACCACUGUACAUAACUCUGAUUCUGAAGAUGAAAGUCUGAAUGUUGAUAACACAGAUGUAGUGGACAUGGAAGUAGAUGAAGAGGAAGAAGAAUCAGUGGAGUUAAAGAGCAAAGUCCCUAAACUGACAGGCAAAGCAAGUUUACCCCCCUGGACCCCCUUGUCUGGCACGGCUGAAAUGGUAGCCAUGAAGGAAACCAAAGAGGAUGAGAACCAACCUCUGGGCAAGUUUCUCAGCAUAGCCCACGCUUGUAAAGAAAAUAAGAAGGCCAAGCUGCCCGUUGUGACCAGUGCCUCUCUGGACUUGUCUGCCAUCCCAAUUCCUCAGGGACCAAGUUUGCCACGACACCGGCAGCUAAGACAGGAACCAGCAGAGGGCAGUGACCUGGGGAUGGAUGUGAGUGUAGAGCAGCCCGUGCAGGUGACCCCCCCUCAGCUUGUCCUCUCUGACAUCCCACUGCCCCGUGUCUCAGACCAUGAGGAGAGCAAAAGUUUAGACGCAGGCCAUGAGGAGAGCUCCAGUAAACCAAAGCCCAAAAGUUUAGACACCCUGUUUGCCAAACUGACCCGACAUGUCACGCAUAGACCCAAGCCCAAGCUCUCCACUCCUCUCAGCGGCACCACAGACCCCGAGGUUGAGAGAAAAAUUCAGGAAGAAAUUCAAGCCAAAUUAAAAAAAGAAAAACACAAAUUGUUAAUAAAGAAACAGAAAGAGGAAGAAAGAGAAAAGAGAAUGAAUGAAGGUUUAGCAGCCAGCAAGAAGUUUUUAAGUGACAGCGAGUCAUCCUCUGAGGACUCUGAUGAUGAUGAUGUCAUUCAGUCACAUGACAAGACCACAGAGCAUCAGCCAGUGGCUCAAACUGAGGAUAGCCUACUACACAACUCUGCUGAUGUUAUCUUGGAUACUCUUACAGAUAAAUCUGCAGAAUCUGUUGAUAUGCCUACAGAUAAACCUGCAGAAUCUGUUGAUAUGCCUACAGAUAAAUCUGCAGAAUCUGUUGAUAUGCCUACAGAUAAACCUGCAGAAUCUGUUGAUAUGCCUACAGAUAAAUCUGCAGAAUCUGUUGAUAUGCCUACAGAUAAAUCUGCAGAAUCUGUUGAUAUGCCUACAGAUAAAUCUGCAGAAUCUGUUGAUAUGCCUACAGAUAAAUCUGCAGAAUCUGUUAUGCCUACAGAUAAACCUGCAGAAUCUGAUAUGCCUACAGAUAAACCUGCAGAAUCUGUUGAUAUGCCUACAGAUAAAUCUGCAGAAUCUGUUAUGCCUACAGAUAAACCUGCAGAAUCUGUUGAUAUGCCUACAGAUAAAUCUGCAGAAUCUGUUGAUAUGCCUACAGAUAAAUCUGCAGAAUCUGUUGAUAUGCCUACAGAUAAACCUGCAGAAUCUGUUGAUAUGCCUACAGAUAAAUCUGCAGAAUCUGUUAUGCCUACAGAUAAACCUGCAGAAUCUGUUAUGCCUACAGAUAAACCUGCAGAAUCAGCUGAUAUGCCUACAGAUAAACCUGCAGAAUCUGUUAUGCCUACAGAUAAACCUGCAGAAUCUGAUAUGCCUACAGAUAAACCUGCAGAAUCUGUUAAUAUGCCUACAGAUAAACCUGCAGAAUCUGUUAUGCCUACAGAUAAACCUGCAGAAUCUGUUAUGCCUACAGAUAAACCUGCAGAAUCUGAUAUGCCUACAGAUAAACCUGCAGAAUCUGCAGAUAACCAGAUAGAUCAGCUUACAGAAUCUGUAGAUAACCAGAUAACUCAGCUUACAGAAUCUGUAGAUAACCAGAUAACUCAGCUUACAGAAUCUGUAGAUAACCAGAUAACUCAGCUUACAGAAUCUGUAGAUAACCAGAUAACUCAGCUUACAGAAUCUGCAGAUAACCAGAUGGAUCAGCUUACAGAUUCUGUAGUUAAAUGUAUGGAUUAUUCUACAGAAUCAAAUAUCCAGUUAGAAUAUACAAGAAAGAAAUUAGGCCAAGAAGAUAAAGCAAACAGCCAUUCCGCCAUUGAAGAACAAAAGUUACUUGAUGCUGGUCAGCCUAGCAAUGUAACAGAUACCAUGCAGGCAGACACAGAUAAUAUCCAGAUAAGUCAGUUGACAGAGGAUCUGAAAGAAACGUAUGAAGUUGCAAUGGGAGACAAAUGUCCCACACCUGGUGGGGGAAACAAGGGCAAGAGAGGUAGAAGGGGGAGUAAGCCUUGUAAUCAAACACCAGCAGCUAAAAGACAACGCAAAGUUAACCCAGUUAACACAAGUAGACAAACAAGAAGUCGGACAAAGAAAGGUCAAGGUGAAACUGUCAGCCAUGUGUCUAGGGUAGAAGAAGAGUUUGACAGUGACGCCACCAUUACAGAGGAGGAUGUGAUGUUUGUGGCUGGCCAUCCAGUCAAAGAUCCACCAUUGUCUGGGGUAGUGAGCCAGGUAGAAGAAUCCUUGGACUCUGUCAUCCUCUCUCUCAAUGAGGAUUCUGGUAGCAGUUUAGAUAAAGAAAUCCUCCCAAGUGAUGGUCUGAGUUUUGGCCUGGAAGAGGAAAAUUCAAUGGAAUUUGUGAUGGAAGACUCCAGCUUUUAAGUAAGAUGGUGUGUUCUUAGCUCCUAGAUUACAAUGGUGUAAGUGAUCUUAGCUCCCAGAUUAUGUGACUAUGAUGGAGAGAGACAUUUAGCUUCCAUAUAACAGAUUAAGUGGCAAUACCUCCUAGAUAACUAAGAUGGAGUUACUUUAGCACCCAGGAUAGAUAGCAUGAAUGACAAACAAUACUUAAGACAGGAAAAGUAAUGAUUAUGCCUCCCCUCCUUUUAUGUGCAUGUAGUGGUUGUAUUAUUUUUGUGUCAUUUGUUUAUUCACAAUUAAAUUUAAAGGAAUAAAUUUUGUCAGAUAAUUUGAUUACAAUACAUUAAAAUGAAAACCACCA